UGCCAACCGACAGCAGCAACCGUAGUGACUGCACAGGGACCGAGUUCUGUCGCCCUAUAUCAAAUACUCUCUGUUACUGCCGCUAGUAUUAACGCAAGGGCGACACACAUGACUGCCUUUUGACCACAGUCGUUGCAUGCAGUACAGCUAAGGCUGCUUCGAUCGCGAUUGCCAUUAUCAGCUUCUACGGCAGCUUCUCUACCAUAACUGAGUCAGAAGAGCAGUGGCCGCUGCUACUGCCACCGCGCAAUCGAGCUUCUAUAGACGCUAAGUCAGUGAGUAGUUUGCGAGAGCUGGCGGCAGUGCGAAGUCGGCGAAAACCGAUUACGGUGACGGUCGUGAUCCUCACAAAAGCUGCUGAUGUCCAUUUGAGAACUUGCUUGUGUCUGUCUGUUGGGAGCCUUGUCGAGAACCGGCUGCGACCGCCGUUAUUGCUAUUGUUGUUACUCUGGACAGCAGCCGUAUACAGCGGCAUAUCGGGGGGGGGGCUAGCCUGAUACCGACCAGUCGCUGACAGGACCACUAUUCAGGGAACAUUGGUGAGGGGUGGCAAGUCGUGCUUGAGUUUUCGACUUACUUUGAGAUCAACAGUAACAAAUCUAAUCGUAAUGUUUAUUAAUUGCGCGAUCGUUGUCGUCGCUACUGCUGCUAAUUAUCGAAAGAUGCGAGAUUAGCUUUUAAUACUAACUGCUAAUUACGAGAGCGUGACUAGUGCGCGGCCGUUAACGGAAGAGAGGGCAAACGAUACAAAUUUGGAUGUAAGUUGGUGAUAAGCUUCGUGCGCGCGAAAUUUAUUUAACGAAACGACGGAAUAAAGGAAAGAAGCGUCUGUGUUUCGUGCGAAAAAGUGUUACAGCUAUUUUUUGUUCGUGCUACAGUGAGAUAUUCCAUUUCUGAUUUGUCUGACAACGUUACGUUACAUAUUACCAUAGUCCCUUGCACGAGUUGUAGUAGGUACGCGGGAAGUUAUCCAGACGUGGCGACGUAAUCCAAGGACAGUUGAAAUAAACAGCGAGCUGUUUUGUUAACUUUUCUAUUCAGUCCAGCGUACACUUCUAAGAAAAUAUGUCAGGAGGAAAAGGAGGUGCCUGUAAUGGCUGUUCAAACUUAUUCGACUUCAACAAACAGGCAAAAAUCAAAAAGGUGAUCCACGAAGCCCGUGAACAGGGCUCGACGGAGGUUGAUCUCGUCGACAGAAAUAUCUACCGAUUUGAGGAGAUUCCAGGGAUCUUCAAUAUGGAGUGGAUUACUCGUCUCUGUUUAGCGCACAACUUCAUCACGAGCAUUCCGGCAACAAUUUCAAAUCUCUACAAUCUCGAAUAUUUGAACCUGGCAAAUAAUCACCUCGAACAGUUGCCAUCCUCAGUCAGCACCCUGCCAAAACUCAAGAUGCUAAUUCUCGCCAUGAACAGGUUGACAGUAUUACCUCGUGGCUUCGGCAGCUUUGCAGUACUCGAGGUGCUGGAUCUCACGUACAACAAUCUCAGUGAAGCCUCAAUCCCCAACAAUUUUUGGAGCAUGAUGACCCUGAGGGCACUCUACUUCAGUGACAAUGAUUUUGAGACAAUUCCCGCCGAGGUGAGCAAUCUAAAGGAACUGCAGAUCCUUUCAUUUCGUGACAAUGACGUUAUCAAUAUCCCGAAAGAAAUCAGUGCCCUGAAUCGUUUGCGAGAACUCCACCUUCAAGGUAACCGGAUCACGUUAAUCCCACCUGAACUGGGCACUCUCGAUCUCGUGACACAUCGUUCCGUAAUUCGCCUUGAAAACAACCCCUGGAUUCAACCAAUUGCGGACCAACUUGAAGUUGGAGUAUCUCAUGUGAUUGAUUUUAUCCGGACCGAGCAGUACCAUUACAUUUAUGAGAAGCAGCUGCAGCUGGGACUUACCCCACCUCCAAAAACCAACGACAAGUCCAAGAAGGCCUCCCGUAGAACCUAAAUCUAGUGGUUCCGCAGCCGACGCCCUUGGGUAGGUUCUGCAAUGCAUUGGAACUGCCACGGCAAGCGAUAUCCUAAUCAUUCACUUGUUAGUGUACACGCUAUGAUGUUUUUCUAGAAUUGAAGGGUCCAUUUGACAAACCCCAGCCGACUUAAGCAUAAACGUAGAUUCUACAACCUGGAGUGUACCUACUUAAAUAUAAAAAUAUCUAACCUAUACGGGUCUCCGAACAAACAUGAUAUUUACUUACACACACACACACACAUUUAUAUAUAACCUGAAGCAUGCUGUACCGAAAUAUGCUAGUUUAUUUUCACAGAGGAAUACGAGCUCUAUGAACGAUAAUAAUACAGCUUUAUCAACGAGUUUUUGGCUGAUUUCGUCACUUUUAUGUCCUAAAUCAGCAGGAGGAAAAAGACGAGGUUCCUUUCGCUAAGCGAACGCUGUGUAUAUACAAAAAAAACUUUGCAACUGUGAAAGGCAAAUAAAU